CUUACCCUGAAUCACUAAGGUAGCAGGAAAGAGAAUCAGCUCUAGAGCCCAGCCCGGUGUCAUCACAUCAUGCCUCCUGGCCUUAAGAGGCAAACUGGAAAAGUGCCAUUCUAGAGAAGCAGACAGAAUUCACGUGGAGGAGAGGGGAGGAGAAGUCACAGCAUUUGGCUUGGGCCUGUUUGGGGCAUCCCAGCUGAGUGGCCAGGGGAGAGGAGGAGUGAGGCUCAAGGUUGUGGAAUUUGCUCUUCUUUUUGCAUACUGACGCAGCCCUGGUAACAGAGCUCAAGGCAUCUUUUGUGCUGCUGUUCUACAGUGAGUGACGUCAUGGGCACUGCCAGGUCUUUAUCAUUUCUGCAAAUAAAUAGCUCACCCACUUGGUCUGCAGAGCCGGCAAGUUGCUGCAUGGCAAAGCGCUUGGGUUCUCCAAUAAGCAGUGGCCAAGAUGGUGGAGACAAACUCGGAUCGGUCAUUCUUCCCGGGCAACCACUGGCUCUACUUCUCCGUGUACCUAUUGGCUUUCCUGGUGGGGCUGCCCCUCAACCUGAUGGCCCUGGUGAUCUUCGUGAGUAAACUCCGGCGCCGCCCAGUGGCUGUGGAUGUGUUGCUGCUCAACCUGACCCUCUCGGACCUGCUGCUGCUGCUCUUCCUGCCCUUCCGCAUGGUGGAAGCGGCCAGUGGGAUGACCUGGCCCCUGCCCUUCAUCCUCUGCCCCAUCUCCGGCUUUCUCUUCUUCACUACCAUCUACCUCACCUCCCUCUUCCUGGCAGCUGUGAGUGUUGAGCGUCUCCUGAGCGUGGCCUACCCUCUGUGGUACAAGACCCGGCCGAGACUGGCUCAAGCUGGGCUGGUCAGUGGCAUCUGCUGGUUCCUGGCAAGCUCUCACUGCAGUGUGGUCUAUGUCACUGAAUUCUGGGCAAUCUCCAAUGAGAGCCAGGGCUCUAAUGGGACCUGUUACCUGGAAUUCAGGCAGGACCAGCUGGCCAUUCUCCUGCCCGUCCGUUUGGAGAUGGGUGUGGUCCUUUUUGUGGUGCCUCUGCUCAUCACCAGCUACUGCUACAGCCGCCUGGUGUGGAUUCUUGGCCGGAGCUCUAGCAGGCGCCGGCGCAGAAGGGUUGUUGGCCUGGUGGUGGCCACUCUGCUCAACUUCCUUGUCUGCUUUGGACCUUACAAUGUGUCACAUGUGGUGGGCUACAUUCAGGGCAAGAGCCCGACAUGGAGGAGUUACGUACUGCUCCUCAGCACUCUGAACUCCUGUGUUGACCCCCUCGUCUACUACUUCUCAUCAUCUAGGUUCCAAGUGGACUUCCACGAGCUUCUCGGGAGGCUGACUGGAAGCUGGAGCCCCAGCAGUCAGGAGGUUAGCACGGAACUGAAGGUCAAGGAUGGAGGAGAGUGGUUGGCGCAGGACUGUCUGACCUAGAAAUCAGGGUGGCCUCAAGGAAGGCUUCAGAAUAAUAGGUAGCCUUAUGGUAUGUGCUGAAAUUGAGCUCCUCUGGAGCAGAAAGGCUGAGUAAGUGUGUGUCCCCAGCUUAGAGUCUAAGUCAAGCCAGGCAGGACCUUGCAGCAGUAGGUUGGAUCCCGGUUGGCUCUGGGACAGAGCAGCCUCUGGACUUUCUAGGGGUGUGCUGAACUCUCAAGAUCUCACCUCCUUUCCCUUGCUCCCACCCUUGAGAGGCUGCCCUAGAGGAAUAUGAGCCAGUGCCCAGGACAAAGACAGCUGCCCAUGGCUUAGGACAGGAAAGGGCAGGAGGGAGGAGAGAAGGCUCAGGGAUGAGGAAAAUCUAUCUGCCCUUGUAUAGGCUUAUCCAGAAAAUUUCUAUUGCUCACCCAAUUCAGAUCUUUAAAGAAGCUUAUGAGCUAUUACAGAAGCAAAAUGACUGAAAUAAAGUUGGUGGCACAUAAAAGA